AUGGCAUAUGCGGCCGAGGCUCCCCGCAAGAAGGAAAAGGGUUGGACAAACCCUGAAGUGGAUCCGAGUGGAUGCGAAGGAUACCUCCGAGCUCCCGCGCGGAUUCUCGCAAACUCACCCCAAAUCGGGUAUGGCCAGGCCGAUUCCGGCAACAAAGUCUGGUUGAUCUUCACCACAACGCUGUCUAUUUACGGGGAAGAAAUUGCUCAACUUGACCUCCACUGCGGCCUAUCUUGA